AUGGGCUCAAACGAAACAGAAACGGCGACCGUCCUUUCGAACUCAACCAGGUCAGUGUUUUAUUGCUCACACGCACCACACCUAGUUUGGGAUUUACAUGACACUACUUCUCCUUGGGUUUUUGCCGUAGUCUCAUCUAUAAUCUCUCCAACUGUGGUUCUUUUAAACGCACUAAUAAUCAUAGCAGUAAAGCGAAGGAAAGAACUCCAGAGAGCUUCCAAUAUAUUGCUAUCAAGUAUGGCCGUUACAGAUCUUCUAGUAGGAAGUAUAUGUGUACCGUUAUCUGCUGUGGUCGGACUGUUAGUUUCUUAUCAAUUACUGGCCGACCAUUACAUUUGCAAGUUGGACUUUGUAGCGAUAUCGGUCACGACCACUCUUACGGCUUGUUCGAUUUUCCAUCUGACAAUGAUUGCUUGGGAAAGGUACGUGGCCAUUCGAAAAUGGAUUGACUACAAAGUUAUAGUGACUAGAAGCCGCUUGAAAAAGCUGGCGAUAAUAGCUUGGGUAUCAGCAAUAGUAACUGUAUCUCCACUACCCUUAUUGGUGAUCACGGGGAUCAUGAGUGAAAAUGCUAUGAUUUUGGCGUCGGAGAUUUUCCACACCGUUCUUUCAGUUUCGGUAAUGUCUGCCCUGGGACUUAUCGUAUAUUUUUAUGUCAUGGUGUACCUUGGGGUUCGCAAACGUAAAUUAAGUCAAAUUCACCAAGUCAGCGAGUUAGUGAACGCAAAACUUGAACGCAGAGUUGCUAUGACCACUGCCUUAGUUACGGUUGCCCUAAUUCUUUCCUUCUUCCCAAAUGCUCUUAUUGGUUUAUUGGAAGGAGUUUAUCCAGUUCUUCGUAAACAUUGGGUGAUACGUUUAAUGGACACACUUCUGUAUUCAAAUUCCGUAGUUAACCCACUCAUUUACUGCUACAGAGACUGUCGUUUUAGGAACGCCGUGCUCGAGAUUUUGAAGAUCAGAAAACCGGAAAAGAGGCCUUCAGCUGCAUAUGAUGUAGUACGAUUCGCCAGAAGAAAGGAUUUGCUUGGUUCAGUCAAAGAUACCCAUGUACAGAUACAAAAAAUGAAAAACCAAGUUCUCUUAACAAGAUCAGCAUCCUGUGAUUUGGUCCUGUUCACUGAUCAAGCUCGGCUCGACUCUCACCAAACAUCGUUAAAAAGAACUAUGUCAACUCCGUCUCUUCAUACAAAUCAUUUCCACGACGACUGA